CUUUACUACCCCUCUAGAAAUACUUUUGCUGACCUAUACCUUCUAAAAUUUCUUGACUUAGUAGUUUUAAAAAAUAUUUCUAUAAGAAAACAUCUCCAAAAGCUAUGAUCAUAAUUAAAGACCCAUAGGUUGAGAUGGAGCCGGCAGAAGAAAAAGGCCUUUGACAGGUCCCGAGAGAGGUGCAUUCUGGGCAUUGUAGUUUUUCCUACUCUUCCCACGACGCAGUUCAAGCAAGUCGGGAUUCUAGGUUAUCAACUCCUUCCGCUUGCAGUUUACUGGCUAUCAGUGUGGGGAGCCUUAGUUCUAAGGUCAGGAAAAGCCGGAAGGGGAAGAAUAGAAGGCAGGAAGAGGAAAAGCAAAGUAGAUAGGAGAGAGAAGAACAGGAUUUGGGGAAGGGAAUCGAGAGGAAAAAAGAAGGAAGGGCUAGCGCUGUUCCUGAUGGGACCCCGUCAGGAGAAGGGCCCCAGGAUCCCGAGAAUACCGAGGGAGCGGGGCCGGAAUAGACAAAAAAGAUCCGUGGUUGGAAAGAUUUCUCCUGUGUCCAGAUUCUAGGCUUUGAUCAAAGUGUUGGUUUUAUUGCAAAAACAAGAUCAAAAUUAAACUUUUAUUUGGGGAACAAGUACACAGAGUGUGAAGGAAUGUCUGUUCAAGAUUCUGCAAUAAGUAAACAUUUAAUUCUCCCUCCUAUCAUUAGUAAUUAUGACAAGGAAUUUUUGGAAAGAAUGCAAAGAUAUAUAAUUAUAGAAACUGAAAAAGUGGGCUGUACUGAUGAAGGACCAGCUGAUGAAUAUUUCAUCAUAUACCGAAAUGUAUUUGACAAGAUAAUAGAGCAUGUCACCGCAUAUAAAACCAUUCUUACUUCAAUCAAACAAGAAUAUGAUUCAUUCAUUGAAACAAUAAAGAAGGGCCAAAGAAAUGCAUUUUAUCUCCAUGGAAAGCUGAAAGUUUUGGCAGCAGAACCUACAACACUGGUAUAUCAUAGGAAAAGAGUAGCUCAACUUGAAGCAAAGAUAAGAGCUAUUGAAGCUAAUUCCUCAAAGAUUCAAAUGCAGUUAAAGAAAUUAAGACAAAUUAGGGGAAAGGACAUUGUAAAUGAAACUGAACAACUCACAACUAUCCCAAAUCCUUCAAGACGUAUUCCAGGCAUGACACUAGCAGAAUCUGUCAAUCUAGAUUGUCUUAAUGAAUAUCUUACUCGUCUUGAAGAAAAAUAUGAAGAUAUUAGACAGCAAUCAAUGGUAAAAUAUAUCCCACAAACGAAAAGGACUGACUUAGAUGAAGAAAAGAUCCAGGCAUUACAGAAGCGAGAUAUAGCUGAAGCACUAAACAAUAAAUUACGAUUUCGUCAUAGAAAAACAGAAAUGGUUUUAAGUGCAUUUUCUACCUGGAUGAAAUCUGACAUGAGCAUUUCAUUUCAAGACUAUGUAAUUCAGAUGAAUAAAACUCAAAGCCUUUUGCAAGAUGAUCAAUCACUUGCUGAGGAGUUACUUGAAGAAGACCCGAGCAAGGCUAAGGAAGCUGAAGUGUUACUUGACUACAUUGAAAGGUUCAACGAAUUGUUUAUAAAUGGUGAUUAUGAGUCUGCAGCUAUUUUUGCGGUGAACAGUCCUAGAGGAAUUCUUCGAAAUGUGGGGACAAUGAAGAAAUUUAAAGAUGUUGGUAAAAUUAAAGGGAAAACUCUUCCUUUAUUGUUAUUCUUUGAGGCUCUUUUCAGCACAAGUCGUGCUGCUAAAAAAUCUGUUAAUGCUCAGUUGACUCUGGAAGGAAUUAAAUGUGGAUUAUCGGAAAACCGGUUGGAUCUAGUUAUACACUGGGUCACCCGGCAGAGGUUGACAUUUUCUGAAAAAGCUGGGGAUAUUAUUUGUCAAUAUGGGGAACAAAAUCCUUACAGCAGAUCCAAGUGCCUGGCUUUAGCCCAGAUUAUCUACAAUGAAUGUGGUCUGCACAAGAAAGCUGUUCUAUGCCUAUGUAAACAGGGUCAAAUUUAUGGAGCCUUGGAAUACAUUCUACAAUUCAAAUACUUUUCUUAUGAUGACCUUAUGGAUAUAAUAACAACAUGUCCCCAAGUUGAAUUAAUUAAUUGUCUUACUCAUGAAUGGCAGGGAAAACCACCAUCUUUAUCUUUUUGCCUUGUUGUACUUCAUUUCUUCUCUAUUGGAAUGAAAAAGGCUGGCUUAAAUUUACUUGAAGAAUUACAUGAAAAUGGGAAAGAGGCAACAGAAAAACUUAUGACAACUGAUCCAUUCUGUUCCUUAGAGGGAUGGCAAGAACUGUCGGUUGUGUGUAUCCAGAACGGCUUUUGCAAAUUGUCCAAUGACAUCAUUUCCAUCCUCAGAUCUCAGGAAGGAGUAUCGGAAAUUCCUCCAGAUGGGGAAAACAUAAUGGAACAUGUUUUUUGGUAGUUCCAUCUCUUCAACAGCUGAGGGAGCUCUAAAAAUAUUUUAUAUCCUGGUUGAAAAAAACAGCCUAAGGAUUAGUAACUUUGAAUAAAUCCAAAUUGUAUAU